AUUGCUUUUUUAAAUCAAGAAUCUAGAACGACGUUUUUCAAUUUGUCUCUGCUUUUGAGAAUUUUCUUAAACCAGGCACUAAGACCAAGAACCAGAGGACGUUCAAAUAGAACUGAAAUCGUUUUCAAUUAACUGGGGGAGGUAUCAUCGAAAAUAAUGUCGUCUGGUACAAUAAAUUUUUUUUUAUACGAGGCAGCCCGCGAGGCAGACAUUGAUCGUCUGAUGGCAUUGCUGUUGGAUGAUAUUAACAUCCGUGUUCCGUCUUUUAAGAGCAGCCAGCAAAAAACACCUCUUUUGGCUGCCGCUUGUAACGGGCACUUCGAGGUUGUGAAGAUUCUUGUGGAAUAUGACAGAGAAUGUUUAUCGGACAGUACUAUACAAGGUUUAAACGCUUUGCAUUUAGCUUGUAAUGCAAGCGGCAGUCCAGAGCUCGUUCGUUACUUGGUGGAGCAAGGAAUCGACGUGAAUAGUGUCUCUAAGGAUUCUUAUAGGCCCAUUCAUUAUGCCACGUUGUUCGAUCGUUUUGACCUUGUUCAGCUUUUGAAGGAGUUGGGCGCUGACAUUCAUGCGCUCACAGACUUGAACAAGAACAUCGUAUCUAUUUCCGCGGAAACAAGGGGUAUUGAGAUAUUGGAGUGGGCGUUAGAUCAAGGCGUGAAUCCGAACGUUCUCGACACAGACGGACUUGCGCCUAUUCACCGCGUGGCUAGAAAUGGCUUUUUGGACAGCGCGGCGGUUUUACUUCGAAGCAAGAAUGUCGACGUCAACGCCGUUAAUCACCCUGGUUAUACGGCGAUCGAGGAGGCAGAUCGACGAAACAUGUCAGCGCUCGCUUUUUACUUGUGGGAUCACGGAUACGACACGUUUUCCCUCAAGAACUUGCCCGGUUUCGGUCCAGUUUCUUGGCACAGACCCAGGAUUUUGAAUAUCCCGCCUCAGCGGUAUCACGCUGCGUCUGUGGCGGUUGGAAGCAAGGUGUACCUACUCGGCGGUCAAGGAUAUAGCGAUAACUACGUUAAUCAUGACAUUGAAAACAUGGGUGGAGGAGAGCGGAUGGAAUUAUGUGAUUUUUACGAAAUAGAUCUAGAAAAGGUGGAAUUUACGUCAAUGAUUCCGCCUGGAUGCGUAAUUGAGAAGCCCAAUAUCACGCUGAAUCCGAACCGAUGUGGCUCAUCUUUGAUCAUUCACGAGGACUUGCUGACGGUUUCAACGCGGGCCGACGUUCGCCAUAGCAUACCGAAUGCCGUGAUUGCCACGAAGCCUUUUUUUCGUCAGUACGACAAAGCUGGGUACUUUGAAAUCGAGAUUAUCAGCAUGGGUGUUGAGCGAACGGUGACGAUGGGCUUGGUUGACUCGCGAUUUCCUGUCGAGGAGGAAAAUCCUGGAUGGAUAGCCGAUUCAUAUGGGUAUCAUGGCGACGAUGGGAUGUGCUUUCAUAACCAUGGUUCCGGGAAGCCGUGGGGGGAGUGUUUUAACCCUGGCGAUGUGAUUGGUUGUGGGAUUAACUUUAGCUCAGAGGAAGUCUGGUUUUGCCGGAAUGGUAAGUUUUUAGGAGUUGCUUACCUUUACCCACAGAAAAGUUGUUAUUGGGCGGUGGCAGCGACUAGCGGAUCAAACGCUUCGUUUAGGUUCAACUUUGGCGCAUCUCCGUUCAAGUUUAAUUUUAUUGUGCCUACUCUGGAGUGGAAGAAAUUGAAGUUCGACAACAGUCAGAAUCUCAGGAAUCCGUGCCCGAAUUUGUUUCGGCUGCCUUCGUCUCGGGAGCUGGUGAUGGUUCGACAUUCAGAAUACGGUCUUUCGACGGACAGAAUCGUUGCUAUUGAUCCGGAGCAGUGCGCGACGCGUUUUAUAACUUACACAGGUCCGCUAAGGAUUUUGAAUUAUUCACAGAUUUUUCAGCACAAGCAUUACAUUUGCGUUUUUUCCGGUUUGACAGCACCGCAUCACGACGAGACUGUCUUCCUGACGCGGUGCGAGCUUUACUUGUUGGACAUGCAUUCGUGGCAUUCGUAUGAUCUAUUCAACCAGGAUUUUCCGCCUGGCGAGUCCCCUAGUCCGGACGCGUCGGAGGUGGACGAGCUGACCGAGAGGGGUGGUUUGGAGACUGAGACCGAGCAGAAUCUGGAGGCGAAGAAGAGGCGGAGGGACUUUGUGCUGAUGACGAUUGGGAAGGAGAUGCCGUACUCCUCUUUGGCGUCGGUUGGCGAUUAUGUCUGCUUUUUGAAUUAUCAUCGCGGUCGUUGGCGGUUGUUUAAGGUAAAUUUUCACACUUGGGAGUACGAAUUGACCUAUUUGCGCGGGAAUUGUUCGUUUUUCAGACAGCCGUCCAUCAACGUGGUGGGGAAGAACAUCAUUUGCCUUGGGGGUUGGGAUCGGUACAAGCAACUCAGCGAGAUUAUUGUGGUGGACACUGAAGCCAAUUUGAUCUACAAACCUCACAUGGUUGGUCAGAACUUUUACCGGUCAAGAAAUGAGCACUGUACCACCUAUGUCGAGACAAGAUCCAAUAAGUUUGCCUUGGACUGCGUGAAUUACCAACAGGUUCUUGGUGGCUCUGUUUUAAGGCACUAUAAAUCGCCCCCAUCGCUUUCAGAUUCGUCGGAUCUGGAUUCUCAGUCUUCCCGCUCCAUCUUCUUUGACUUGGAACACUAUGAACUACUUCCGUUUGCCGAUGAAGUGGAGCGUCCGGAAAGUCGUCCACCUUAUCGGUGGCUGGUCUCAACUACGGGAUGGAACGGACUGAAUAUGUUGUUUGACUUCGAUGUCGCUGCUUUGGACAAUCAAGACCCGAACGCUAUUUCGUUUGAGCUCGUGUCGUUACUUUCCGAUGUCCAGCUGGAAGUUGUCGAUCCCGAAGAGCCCUCUUCUUCCGAAACUAUUCACGCCCAUCGCAUCAUUCUUUGGUGUCGGUCUUCCUACUUCAGAGAGUACUUCUCCUCUCAACUCAACCAGGCCAGAUCACAUGAGCCCUGCAAUUCAGUCAUUCGCAUUUGUGAGAAUUGCUUACACUUCCAUAGCCUUAUAUCUUAUCUCUACACCGAUCAAAUCGACAUUCUACCUCUGUUUUCUACGUAUCGGCGGUUCAUAUCGCUCGUGAGCCGAUAUGCCCCCGAACACGUCACUCGUCUCGUUUCCAAAUAUUUGCUAUCCCGUGAGUCUCAACCCAGCAUCAUGAGUUUUCAGCUGCUUACCGCGUUCGACAACGACCUGUUCGCUGACAUCUACUUCCUAGUUGAAGGACGACGCAUCCCCGCGCACAAGUUCAUCCUCUGCCUCCGUUCUUCCUUCUUCUCCGCCCUCUGCACAGGAGGAAUGAAAGAAUCCUACCAAACCACGAUCACGCUCCCAAAUGUCAGCCUCCCAUCCUUCCUCUUUAUUCUCCAGUACAUCUACACCGGGCAAACCAACUAUGAGUCCUUCGCUGAUCACAUCAUCGACGCCUUUGUCCUCGCCUUCCAAUAUGACAUUCGCCCACUGAAAGAGCAACUAGAGUCCGACUUUGUACAGAGCAUUCGCCUGCAAAACGUCGUCAAUUUGCUCAUCUUAGCCGACCAACAAUCCGCGUUCGUCCUCAGACAAGGCUGUAUCCGCUACAUCUUCUAUCAUCUGGACGACUUCCUCCACCUCCCAGAAUACUCAGAAUCAAAGGAAGCCAUAUUGCACAUCCUAAAGCGCCACGGACAUGAAACCUUCAACAAACUCGUUCAAUCCGGACUUUAGUUCGAUUCAGUCUCUCAAUAAAAAACCACUUUUUUUAAUUUGUCUCA